CAAAACCAAGCUCCGCCUCUCCAGCAAGCGCACCCACCUUGUCCACCAGCAGCACAGUGCGCCAGGCAGCGAGAGCACAGGCGUGGGGCACACCGGGGAGCGGGCACGACGAACCAGCAGCAGCACGGAGUGGCAGCCGCGGUACUUUUUCGGAGAAAAGACGGUCUUUUCUUGGUUAGGGAAACUCCGCAUUAAGACCUCUUUAGGACUGAGGGGUCUUGUUCAUUUUGUCAGCCGUGGAAAGAGAACUCCUUCGUGGGGAGAAAGAUGCAGUUCCAGUCCGACUCUGUGCGCCAGGCAGUCCGCCUCAGACUGUGGUGAUGCCCGCCGUGCAGGGAUCACCGCCCAGCAGCAGCAGCAGCAGCAGCAGGAUAAGGAGGAGGAGGAGGGGGUCACGACAACAGUGCGUCGGGGGGCCGAUGAUGAUGGUGGUAAGGUCGGGAUCAUGGCUAACGGAACCGGUACUAUCAUGUUAAAAUGCGUCGUGGUCGGAGACGGUGCAGUGGGAAAAACGUGUCUUCUGAUGAGCUAUGCCAAUGACGCCUUUCCAGAGGAGUAUGUACCCACAGUCUUUGAUCAUUAUGCAGUGAGUGUCAACGUUGGUGGAAAGCAGUACUUGCUUGGACUGUAUGACACAGCUGGUCAGGAGGACUACGACCGCCUGAGGCCGCUGUCCUACCCAAUGACCGAUGUCUUCCUCAUCUGCUUCUCGGUGGUAAACUCUGCCAGUUUCCAGAAUGUGCGUGAGGAAUGGGUGCCUGAGUUGCAGGAGUAUGCACCCAGUGUUCCUUACCUGCUCAUUGGCACCCAGAUUGAUCUUCGUGAUGACCCUAAGACCAUUGCCAAACUGAAUGACAUGAAGGAGAAGCCCAUACCCACUGAGCAGGGACAAAAACUAGCCAAGGAGAUUGGUGCAUGUUGCUAUGUGGAAUGUUCAGCUUUGACCCAGAAGGGCCUGAAGACGGUGUUCGACGAGGCCAUCAUCGCAAUCCUGACUCCCAAGAAAAAGAAGGGAGCUCUGAAGAGAAGACUGGGACCCCGCUGCAUCAACUGCUGUCUGAUUACGUGAUACAUAAACCCAAAGAUCAUUCAGCAACCAACCAUUAACCAAACCUGGACUGGAGAAGAGAAGAAGAAACUGCACAGACAGCAGAGCGAGACAAAAGAGAGGACUAAAAAAGGACAAAACAAGAGCUACUUUUAAGCUGCAGGGCUCUUGAAAGGCCAUAACUCUCUCCUGCUGUCCAACACAGGUUGAGGAUGCAGUUUACUACCAAAGGAGCACAAAACUCAAGUCAGUCUCUUCUUCUAAGACAUUUUGCCUCCAAAGUACUUUCUUUUAUAACCAUUUUUAAUCAUUUAUCCUGUACAACAUUGUUGUAAGGUGUCAUGCAGAAACACACAAAAUUACAUUUCAGUUUUAAGAGAAAUGCUACAUUUUAAGCAGUUCAUAUUCAAUGGUUUUGAAAGCUAGCUUAUUGAUUUGUGCAUUUCUCUAUAGAAGAGCAGAUCAGAGAAACCCUGCAGUUGAUAAAUAAUGAGAGGCUGUGACUUCAGGGACACUGUGACGCUGGCCAGGAUACAUUUCUGGACAUAAGGGCCCAGGUUUAUUUUCGAUUGAAAACUUGUGCCACAAAGACUCUGUUGGCCCACAAAGUAGUCUGUUUCCAAUUAUUUGCCAAUUGAGGGCCUGCAAAUGAACAUUGCAUGGGGGGUAACACAAAUCAAUAAUGUGUGUAAUGCUUUUCAGAAAACACAUUUUGGACCUAGAACUGUAUUAUUCUAACGUUUUAGAGUUUUGUUUUUGCCUUAUGAAAACCCCAUUAUUUUAUGGUGUGGCAUGCCAAAACAUACUGUAGGUUGGGGGCCGAGGUCUUCACCAGGAACUGGAGAGGUCUAUUAUCCAUUUUCUAAAUAUGUAUUAUCCAGAGUUAAUGAUUCUACAUCUCUAAAAUAGAGAUGACCUAGUCUGCAAAUAUUAUUUUGUCAGCUGAUGGCUUACAUUUUUUGUUUUAAUUUUUGCUAUCCUGCAAUAAUGUGUUCUCCUUUUAUCACCUUUACGAUUUAGAAGAGAGAAGAGCAAUCUCAUUUUAGAAAUGAAACUCUGAUUCAUAUCCAACGUCCAAAGAAUCAAAUGCACACUUUCAUCAAGAUCAGGUGGCUAAGGUGACCCAAUACUGUAUUUCUUAAGCACAACAUGAAGCACAGUCAGUGCCACUUCAUUUCCUGGCACAACAAAGCACAUUCCUCUGCUUUUGAACACUCGUCUCCCAGAAAUGGCUGAUUGAAGCACAGAAGAGGCACACUUUUCCAUCAGGCACAAGUAUGAGCAUAGCACACUAUGGCUGUGUUCGAAAUCACAUACUAACCUACUAUUCAUACUAAGUAUGACUUAAAAUUGAGUAUGUAGCAUGUUAAUAUAGUAUAUAGUGUGUGGAUUAUGUGUACGUGAUAAGGGCCUGGAUGUAUACUGGCGAGAAUCUCUGAGACAUGAAUUUACUGGACAUACUCAACCGCCCGAAAAAUGCAUCGCAUCUCUUCAGACUGUCCAAUGGCUGACUGCAAGGCAAACGAUUUAAAUAAUUAACCAUUUGACAAAAUAAUGAAUAAUUAAU